UUCGUUGCUUAUUGUUCCAGCAGUCUAUAAUUUAAUUUUGGAAAAUGUCGAGCUCCGAGGCUGCCGAAUGCUUUGCAAAGCAUGGAAUAGUUCCAGAUAUACUCCCUGCGGCGCCAGCUGCUCUGCUCACGGUCACGUAUGGAGGCGGUCUGGUCGUCGACAAGGGAGCCGAACUGACGCCCACUCAGGUGAAGGCUCAUCCGACUGUGGAAUGGGACGCAGAGCCGGGUGCGAUGUACACGCUCCUCCUUACCGAUCCGGAUGCGCCCAGUCGCAAGGAGCCGAAGUUCCGUGAGUGGCAUCACUGGCUCGUGGUGAACAUACCCGGCACACAGAUCGCGACUGGGGACGUGCUCACCGAAUAUGUGGGCGCUGGGCCGCCCGACGGCACGGGUCUGCAUCGCUACGUUUUUCUGCUGUUCAAGCAGAAGCAGAAGCUCUCCUGCAAGGAGAAACGCAUACCCAAGACCAGCGGCGACAAUCGGGCCAAGUUCAGCACCAGCAAGUUCGUGGCGAAGUACGAUCUUGGCACUCCUGUGGCCGGCAACUUCUUUCAGGCCAAGUACGACAGCUAUGUGCCCAAGCUGUACAAGCAGCUCUCUGGCAAGAAGUAGCAUUAAAUAUGGUCACAAAUUGUAUGUCUGAUAACUAUUAAAAUUCGCAUUGAAGCGCGACGAGUAAUUAA